CAAAGAUGGCGGCAAAGUGAAUCGAGAAGUCUGGUUGGAGUGUAAUUGAAGUCUCUCAUGGUUGCGUCAUAAUGCCAUACCAUGGAGGACACGAGCUUCUGGUCAAGCUUUCAACUCUGUUGCAAUCCCACGGAAAUCCAAUUUUGCAGCAGGAGAGUCAGCUGUGCUUGACAGCCACGUCACUUGUGUUCCUGAACCAGUGCUUUCAAGAUAUCGCAUCAGUUCAGCAAGGUGCAGGUGACAGAGAAACUAAGCAGUGGAAAACAAUAUCAUACAGGGACAGUGCAGCUAUCGCAUUCAUUCUUGACUUUCUCAGAAGGACACCAUCAUUACGGCUAGUCCCGGGAACAUGUUCCCAUUUUGAUGGUCUGGUCAACAUCUCUUGUUUCAGAGCAUUACAAAUACUGGAGAUAAAAAAAGUCCCAGUUGGUUUUGUUCGAGGAUUUCAAAGUUUACGACCCCAGCUCAAGACCCUCAUAUGUACAAGGUCACUGAUCUCGCUGAAUGAAGUGUUGGUACAUUGUGGUGGAGAUCGUUUGAAUGCCCCAUCUGCUUGGCCACAUCUGAAAAAUGUGGAUUUUAGCUACAAUGGAAUUGUACAAGUGGACGACUCUGUGAAACUUUUGCCAGCUGUGAGAGUGUUGAAUUUGAGUCAUAACUGCAUCCAUGUUGCUGAAGGGGAUGAAUCACUAUCUAACUGGAAGUAUCUGUCUGACAUCCAGCACUUGAACCUGGGAUAUAACCAGAUGGAAUGUAUCCCUGUGCCACCAGCGCAAGGCGGAGCAACAAUCUUCCACAACACGACAACACUUAUCCUCAAGAAUAACAACUUGCAGAAUUUGCAGGGUCUCCAGGCAUUUUCCAAGUUACGAUUCCUUGAUGUGUCUUUUAACUGCAUAGCAUCCCUAUCAGAAUUAACACCCCUGGCUUUUCUGCAUGACCUCAUAUCAUUGAACCUUCAAGGGAACCCUGUUGUGUUCUGUCCAUACUAUCGACGUGCUACAGUUGCUUGCCUGUAUCCCAUACCAAGAGUUGAACCAGUUAAAAUUGAUGGGAAGCCCUUGGACUCAGAAGAGCAAGUUCUUCUCGGCAGGAAUGUGUAUCCAGUUUCCAUGCUUUCCUACAUUCCAGAAUCACCAUUGUCUCAUCCCCGCGUUAGCGCGAUCAAGAAAGUAGCUGAAGAUUCACUGGAUUCAUCAGAGUCUCAAGAAGAGUCUGAUCCAGGACCUAAACACAGGAAACCUAAACGGAAAACCAAGAAGGGUCGAAGAGUGGUGGCCAGAGAAAUUGACUUUGAUGGCGACAAUGAAGUGUCAGUUACUGAAGACUUUCUUUCAUCCACAUCUUACACAACACCUGCAGAACAGACCCUGGAGCAUGCUGAUGAAGUAGAGCAACUUAAGAAAUUGAGACAGUUAGGUGGAGAAGAUUGGUUACCAGCAAUAGAUCACGUGGUUCAUGUACAGGAGGAAGAAGCUGUUGUUAAUUUACCAGGAUCAGCUGAAUCCCCACCGGAUCAGGUUCCCAGUGUUAGUCAAACAGGGUCCAGAAAGAGUCUUUCAGAAGAUAGAAUGGAAAUUAACAGUCGUACAAGUAGUAUCAGUGUCAUUUCUGAUGAAGACAUUUCUGAAGCCCAUCAUUUUGUGGUGACACUGAUGUCUUCACCAAGUGACGAUGAUAUGAGUGCUGAGCCCUUGUUUGUGACAAUCACGGAUGACUUGAUAAUAGAGAAGAACUUUACUGGAAAGGUAAUUUCCCAGCUGGAAACAAGUUGUCUGAGGGAUGUUAAUACAGGCUGGACUGCUGAUAAUCACCCUGUUACACAUCUGAGGUUUGAUUACAUCAGCCGGGAGAGACAAAGUCGGGACUAUGUCAUGGAAGAUCAUGAAGCUGCUGUGCAACUUGUAGAAUGCUUGAAGCCAUUUGCGACAGCAAAUGAACAAAUCCAGGAAGUUGCCAUGGAACGUCUGCAGUGUCUGAAGUGUUCGACAGAGUUCACCAAGCCAGUCAAUUCAGACGAACUACUCUGUCCUGAUUGCGGUAGCUCCAUGACUGUGCUGGUGUCGUCACCGGGUAAACAGGACAAACCGGUUUUCCCUGUUGGUCUUGUGGGUCGCUUUGUAGGAGAACAUGCUGGAGCUGCUAAACUGAAUACCAGCUCUAUAAAAACACUAAAUGGCGACAUGUCUGUUACUGCUCUUGUUCAGCUAUCAACGUCAUCGUCAUCGUCAUCAUAUUUAGAGGCUGUCGAUCAAACGCAAGAAUCAGAGAAGACAGACAGUGUGGAUCUCUCUAACAAGAACAUUUUGCCUGCGAACGACAAACAGGAAGCAGAAAAUGAGACUAAAACGGAGAAAAACCCUGAUGUUAUUCCAAAAGGAACAUUGGAUCGGCCUGCAAAGGUGCCCGACUUAUGUUCCAACGCUUCGGGCAAAGUUUUAAAUGAAAAUGGCAAAGAUUUAUCUCCCGCGGAAAAAGAAAAGGUUCAGAAAAAAUUCGAAGUCAAGGACUCUGGAAAGUACAAAGUGAACAGCAGAAGUGGAAAAUUUGUGACUAAAAACAGAAAUUCUCCUCAGGUGAGGACAAGUGCACUGAGUAAUUCUUUGAAACGGUCUUCUCAAUUGUAUCCAGCACCACAAACACAAUAUUCUUCCUCCACGCCAUCUGAGAAACACAGUGAGAACUUUCAAACUUCAAUAGGCGCUUCUUCAAAUAUAAAUAAACCUACUCAGAAAAUGAUUGACAGUGGUCAAUCAACACCACCUGAGAGCGAGUUAAGUUGUUCUGGCCAAUAUGCUGAGCUUUUGAGUAAGUCUCUCCCCGCCUUUAGCAUGAAUGUAGCAUUAAAAGACUCGCCAAGCGCUUCGGCAACGAAACGUUCAGAGAAGCUACAAAAUGGAAGCUCUUCUUCUGGGCAAAGAAAAACCAGUCAAAAUGCGAAAACGGACAAAGGAACGCCUAAAUCGUCGGAAAACUCUUCGCAGCAAGUCAAGUUGUCGUCGAGUUUGCAAAGAUCUCCGACUCCAAAGAUGUUUUUAAACAACUUGAUAAACCGGUUAGGCAGCAGAAUCACGCCAGGGAACAGUCUCAGCGACAGCUCUCAGGAGUCGCGAAGCAGCUCUAGGUCAAGCUCACGGGCGUCAACUCCAAGUCUGAUGGAACCGAAGGUCGCUCUGAGCUUCCGCUUGUCUGUGGAUGAGUUUAGAAGCUGUGAUCACAAGUUAAAGUUAUAUUUUGAGGUGUCGUUGUUUCGGUGGGGAAGCAUUGAGGAGUUUCGUUGCUUGUUGAAGGCUCCAGUUGUCGUUUAUAGCAGCACAGAAGAAACUCCAUGUCUAAUGAUCGUCUCCAACAUCAUGUUCUAUAUCUGUAAAUUUUCCCUCAGAGGAAGUGGAACGCCUGAUGAAUGUCUGGCACCAUUAGUGUCUCAUCCUUUAACUGAGUUGCUGUUUAUCGACUCUGGACUGGGUAGCCAGAGUUUUCGUCUUGAAUUCUCAACUCGUGGUGGAUGUUACGAUUUUCUUGUCCGUGAAAAAGAUCGCUGCGAAGAAUUUCUCAGCUCUUUUAUAGAUAUCGUCCAACAAGCGCAGAGUAAAGCUGGGUCUAGACCGGUUGUGGUAAUGCCGCCUCAUCCACAAACACUGCAGCAUAUCAGGUCUCAAGUGUUUGGAAUGAAAGUGGAAGAUCCAAUUGCUAUGGGUGAGCGUCUUCAUCAGCAAGUCAAGUAUUUCACUGAUCCUCCAAUCAUUAAAGAUCGUAAGAGUCUGUUAAGAAGCUAUUCCAGCUGCUUCGUGGGCAGAGAAUUUGUGGACUGGUUGGUACAAGUAAAAGAGGUUGAAACAAGAGAUGAGGUAACUUUUUUUAACUAUGUAAAUUUGAUUGACUGACUGACUGAC